AUGUAUUCUCUACAAUCGCUUCCCCUCAUUUCUUCUUCUUCUGUUCAUAGGCCAGCGCCUGCAAAGCAACCCCGAUUAGCUGAGCCCAGAGACAAAUAUCCCCACAUUCACACACUUUCCGAUUCCUUAACGGCCGUGCGUGUGUUGAGUUCAUGCGCUGCAAACAGGGACCUGAGACUAGGCUCUUGCAUUCACACCAACAUACUCAAGUCUGGGCUCCACACAAAUGUCUUUGUCGCCAAUUCCCUCAUGGAUAUGUACGCAAAAUGUGGGCGUAUAGAGGAUGCUGCAAAAUUGUUUGAUCAUAUGCCUGACAAAACUGUGGUAUCAUGGACAUCAAUGAUGUCUGGUCACUGCCAAAGAGGAGCUUUUGAUGAAGUGAUAUCCAUCUUUUGGCGGAUGUUGGAGACCCUGCAGCCCAAUGAAUACACUCUAGCAGUGAUUCUACAAGCUUGCGCCCAAAAACGGGACUUGAAAUUGGUUCAAUUGAUCCAUUGUCACAUUAUAAAAACCGGGUUUGUGAUGGAUGCUUUCUUGCAGAAUUCUUUGAUUGAUGGGUACACAAAAUCUGGGACACUGGUGGCUGCAGAGAAGCUGAUGAAGAGAUUGAUUUGUAGGGAUGUUGUGUCUUGGACUUCAGUCAUUUCAGGUUGUGUACUCAAUGGAAUGGUGGAGAAGGCCCUUCUCUUCUUCUUUGAGAUGCAGGAAGAUGGGGUCUCACCAAAUACGGUAACAAUUCUCAGCAUCUUGCAGGCUUGCUCUUUGAUUAAUGAAUGGCAAGUUUUUCAGUGGGUUCAUGGCUUGGUUAUGAAAGCGGAAUGGCGAGAAAAUGUUUUCGUGAUGAAUUCCCUUGUUGAGAUGUAUUCCAUUAAUGGAUAUUUCAAGGAAGGAUUUCAGAUUUUUUGCAACUUCUGUUUCGAGGGUGACGGCCAGUAUCUUAGUACAGAGACGAUAGCCACGCUUCUGCAGGGAUGCAGCCAUUCUAAGUGUCUGAAGCUUGGAGAGCAGAUUCAUGGGUACCAGAUUAAACAUGGGUUCUUUCCUUGCACCAUUGUUGAAAAUUCUCUGAUUUACAUGUACGCAGAAAAUGAAAGAGACGAUGCAGCUUUUCAACUCUUCAGGAAGAUGAGCUGCAGGGACAUAGUUUCAUGGAAUACCAUGAUUUCAUCCCUUGUAAAGGGAAGCAGUUCCUAUCAGGCCUUGAUGCUGCUGAGUGAGGUUCACAGCAAUGGUGGAUCUGAUAUGAUUUACCCGGAUUUUGUUACAAUAUUGGCAUCAAUUCAAGCCUGCUCAAGCUUGGCAUCCCUGCAACUAGGUCAAGUAAUUCAUGGAUACAUAACCAGAGCAGGUUUGAUUUGUGAUAUUUUUGUCCAGAAUUCACUGGUGGACAUGUAUGGAAAAUGUGGCAGGUUGCAUUUAGCUGAGAAAGUCUCUGAGGAAAUGCCUGUAAGAGAUCUGGGUUCAUGGAAUUCACUCAUUGCUGCAUAUGGGAUCAAUGGAAAUGGAAUCUCUGCCCUGAAUGUCUUCAAGCAACUGAAGAACACAGGUGCCCACCGGCCAAAUGCAAUUACAUUCACCAACAUUCUCUCAGCUUGCGCUCAUGCAGGGCUUGUAGCAGAAGGCUUUGAAAUAUUCAAGAGCAUGAAGAGAGAGUACAGCCUGGAGCCAAGAAUCGAACACUUUGCCUGUAUGGUUGAUCUCUUGGGGAGGGCAGGGAGGCUUGAAGAGGCAGAAGCUUUCAUUCAGAAGAUGCCAUUUGAGCCGGGUCCAGAAGUGUGGGGUGCCUUACUGGGUGGUUGUGGACUCUUUGGAAACCUAGAUAUAGCUGAAAGGGUAGCAAAGAAACUUUAUAUUUUGGAGCCGAAGAGCAGAGCUUGGAGAGUUGCAUUAUCAAAUGUUUAUGCAAGUGUCAACAAAUGGGAGGAUGCCGCAAAGGUGAGAGCAGAAAUGAGAAGAUCUGAAGAACUGCAGAAGGAAGGUGGGUGGAGCAGUGUGGAGGUGAGAGGGCAAGAGUUCCGGUUUAUGGUAGGUGAUACAAUGCAUCCAGAGGCUAGGAUGGUCUAUGCAGUUUUGAAAGGAAUAAAUGAACAUAUCAGAGAUGCUUGCAGAAUAGUCUGA